CCAGUCCAACCUUCUACAAAGAACAUUCAAUUUCCUGUUAAAGUUACAGGCUCAAUCAGCUAAAAGGGUAUUAGUGACAUAACAACAGAGUAUAAGCCAGGCAACAUGGUAGGAUUUGAAAAUUAGUGCCAACAAUGCUCCUUUUCUAUCUGUUGUCUAAUUGAUUGCUUAGGGUUUGGAGAUCAGGACUCCUGCCAUGGGUCUGUGACCAUGGGUGAAUGGCUCACCCAUUGCCCAGCAUUAGCUCCCUGGCUGUAAAACUUCAUGGCCUUUCUGGAGAGCCAGGGGCUUAUUUUAGGCAUCAAAAGCACCCACCCCUCAGAGCCCCUCUCCCCAUGCACACCCCAUCACAGCAGGCCAACCGUAGUGCAGAGGUUCCUGGAGAGGAGCUGGGAAAGCUAACCCUACUCAGUAGCACUGCAAAAAAAGUGACAAGAAAACCAGAGAAGAAAAAAAAAAAAAAAAAAAAAAAAGGAAAAAAAGAAAGAAAAAAGGGAGAGGAUUUGACUGUAAAUAAAGUGCCUAGCAACUCAGGGCUUAAAUGAUAGAAGCUGGUAUGUAUGAAGCAGAGGAACAAUAUCUUGCUUUGAGUCACUGAUGGGCUGACAAGGAAAGACAAUCCUGACAGCAGAAGCUGGUGAGAGGUAGCAGAGGGAAAAAGGUUUUCCAUGGUCUGACAGUAAGGGCGGCAGAAGGAGUUUUUCCCUUGUCCUGCACCCUUUCCAGGUUGUCAUCCUUCUUGCCUGCCAGUCCUGACAUUUGCUUUGGGUGAGGGCAUUGUUAAUACAUGUUGCUGUAAAAACCUCCCUCUGAAAAGUGGCAUUUUAAAGUGCCAGGAAGGAGACAUUUAGCCUCAUCACCUUGGUGGCGCAGUUCUUUUGGUUGGAAGCAGCAUCACCGGCUUGGGAGGUUCAGUGGGAUGCUGCUAUCAAACACAUGGGGCAGGAGAAGCCAGCCAGCGCUCCCAGGGGAUGAGGCAGGGUAGUCUGUCCCCAUGCAAACCUUUAUUUAGGGUAGAGGUUCACCACCACUAGUUUUGGUAGUCCUGUGUGGGACAUGAGUAGGCACUGCUGUUCCUGAGAAGGUCUGGUCGGUGUCGGGCCGCUUCCCGCUCUGGCAGUGGGGGGACAGCUGAAAACUACUGGGCCAGAGGCAAUCCCUCCCCAACUUCAGAGCUUGGGCUACAGGAGAAACCCAGCUACGUGCCUACCUGUAACGGUGGCCCAGCCACUGCUGAACCCACUGCCUUGCCAGAGACAUCGUCUUUGAGAGUUCCAGGCUGUCCCCUGCUCCUCUGAAAUGCUUGCGCUUAGAAAAAAAAAAUAAAUGUUUCCUGCUGUAUGUGACAUUUUCUUAUUAUCUGUGAAUGUUCAAUCCCUCCCUGUGUCCUGCUGAGCUUCUGAGAAAGCAAUUUAAAGGUUUUAUUCUGAGGAAAAUCAAAAGUUAGCGGGUAUUAUUAGUACUUAUACCAGGGCACAUGUUCUGAUUAUUAGGGAAGAAAAAUGGGAAUAUUGCUGCUGACUUGAACUGUGCAGUAUGUGAGGUCAUUAACUCCUGCUUAUGCACUUAAAUCACGCCAAUGCUUUUAGGUCUGCGUUGUCACAGCUGCUUGUGUUUCUGUUUACAAAGCGAGGACUCUUGCAGAUAGUCAAAGCACUUCAGCCUUUUGCGGUGCGGGUCGUUCGCUGGCUGGUGUGUGUGACCUCAACACAAAGCUAACACCCAUCGUCCACUGAACUCAGUGGCCUGACCGUAGCUUUGCCCCAGAAAAAACUGAGAAAACUUUAUUUCUUUAAAUUGGUAUUUUGAAUCUGUUUCUCAGGGGGACACUAGACCUACUUACCUCUCUCUGCCUCGGCCAGAUUUCUUUUCCUGAUCUAUGUGGCAGAUAGUCUUGAUCUCUUGGUGACGUUUACAUAAUUAUACUCAUUAACAGAACUAAAGGAGGUGUCAGAUUAAUUUUGAUGGAAUAACUAGACUUUGUCACAAGAGUUACCACGGCCUUAUCACUGUGCAACAUGAAGGAGUUACACAGGGGUCAGCAGUGUGGACAGAGACCCUAAAGCCAAACUGCCUGCUGCAGCAGAAUGCAGGAGGAAGCUCUUGCCGCUGGUGGAAAUAGGUACUUGCAAAGUAGAGGGCUGCAGUUUGACUGAUUUGGAUCACAGACCUUGACUACCUUCUUUUCUCCACGAGCUUGUUUCAGGUGUGUGCGAGAGGAGCACUGGGCUGCAGGCUCCUGUAGUGCGCGUUGCUUGGGUGCCAGGCUGUUGUGCAAACCUCAUUUGGAUCUGUGCAGAGCCGUGAAACGCUGUGCCAGUCAGUUUUAACAAACCGCUGUUUAGGACGCGAAGCAGGUGACCCGACUUCAAAUACAUGACUCAUGGUCCCUCCAGCAAAAAGAUCAGGAGCAGUUUCUGGGUGGGUGCAAGAGCCCCACAGGAUGCAAGGAAGCUGAAGAUAGGAGGAACCUGCCUGGGUCUACCCACUGGACAGCACUUGCUGGCUCUGGGAUACAGGCACUUUUCAAACAAAUGGAGAAACAUGAUGGAUUUUGGAAAAUUCAGGCUGUUUGUUUGCCUUGUAGGGCUCAGCUGUGCUAGCUUCUGGGUUUUUUACAACAACUUGACUGAAUUCUGUAUGUUCUGUGAAAACAGCCCAGAUUACAUAUUCCCCACAGAGACUUUUAGGAGGAUCGGAGGAAAUUUCUUGCAGCUCCCAGAUAUAGACUGCCAUAAGAACCCUCCUUUCCUCGUCCUGCUUGUGACAUCCUCGUACCACCAGGUCGAUGCCAGAAUGGCCAUCCGGCAAACCUGGGGGAAGGAGAGAACAGUUGCCGGCAAGCGCCUGGUGACAUAUUUCCUGCUGGGAAGCACUGUGAAUCUCAGCCAGCAGGCUGAUAUCGCUGCUGAAAGCCAAAAGUACAGAGACAUUAUUCAAAAGAAUUUUACAGACACGUAUUACAAUUUGACUUUGAAGACCAUGAUGGGAAUUGAAUGGAUUCACAGAUUUUGUUACCAGUCCAGCUUUGUGAUGAAAACGGACACAGAUGUGUUUGUCAAUGUCUUUUACCUCACUGAGCUUCUUCUAAGGAAAAAAAGGACCACUGGAUUCUUCACAGGUUUUUUAAAACUGCAUGAGUAUCCCAUACGGAGAAGAGGGAGUAAGUGGUAUGUAAGUAGAGAAGAGUAUCCAGCAAAGACCUACCCACCAUUUUGUUCUGGGACUGGUUAUGUUUUAUCCACUGACAUUGCUAGUCAGAUCUAUAAUGUUUCAGAGAGUGUUUCGUUCAUUAAACUGGAAGAUGUAUUCAUAGGAUUGUGCCUUGCCAAAUUAAAAAUUCGUCUGGAGGAGCUUCAUUCAGAGCAGACGUUUUUUCCAGAAAGGAUUAGGUUCUCUGUUUCUCGCUUUAAGAAAAUCGUGAUGUGUCAUGAAGUAGAACCAUCUGAGCAGCUGAGCUACUGGAAUCACUUAGUGACAGAAAAUCACGGAGUGCUCUAGCACCUUCCCUGCUCGAAUUAACAAGAUGAAACCCUCUGCAUUUACAGGGCUACUCUUGACUCCAGCAGAACUCCCAAUUAACUCUAAAUGCAUCAUGUUAAGGACUUUUUAAAUGGUUAUUUAUGCCCAAGAACAUGCAAACCUCUUUCUCUCCCACUCACUCUUACCUCUUUGCAUCCCUUCUCUACACAAGUUACAAUUAUUAUUUUUUCCUGAAAGAUGCAGGACUGCAAACUUGCCCUCCAAAUCUUGCUGCUACAAGACUGGCAACAUUUCUGCAGUGCCAAACUAAAAGUCAAAGUACUUUUGUUCAGAGAAGAAAUCUGCACCCUCUUGCUGGUCUGCCUUGAUAGAUUACUUCAUUUGCACCCAUCUGUGUAGGCAUUUAAGAAAAGGUGUUUGCAUUCCCUUCCUGGUAUAGGGCGCUGCAGCCCUGCCCUUCCAGCCAGCUCUGUGUGGGAAGAACUGUGUAGUGGCACAGAUCACUCCUUCAGUUCUACACACUUUUUGCAGAGAUGGAAGAAUUUGCCUAUGCAGGGCACUUGGGGCAACCUUAGGUACUGCAGGUCACCUGGUGAAUGUGUAAGGCUAGUGCAUCUCUUUCCUAUACAUGUCUCCUGCCGAAAAUAAUAUGUCAUAGAGCCAGAUCCGUGGUCAGUGGGGAGUGGCCUGAUCUUUCUACUAAAAUAGACCCUGGAGACAUCUUCCACAUUUCUGUCUUAUUUUGAUUGCUUGAAACCUACUGUGAAUGGUUUGCCAAGGCUGAACUAGAGUCACUUACAGUGAGCUAAACAGUAUGUCUGAUUUAGACAUUUUUCCCGAUGAGAAACUGGGUGUGUAAGGGAGAAGACAGGAGGACUUUUCUCAUUUAAACAAGACCUAGUGCGAAGAUGUGCCCAAGUAAUCAUUCAGGCUAGGAGCCUCAUUUCUUAUUUUGUUACCAAGCAAAGAUUCAUUAAAUCACUAAGAUGUUUGUAGGUUUCAGAGAUAAAGAAUUGGAUCUUUACGGUAGAUGCUGUGAAAAAUACAUUUGGGCUAUGGGGAGGAGAAAGGAGUUAAUAAAAUCAUUCCUUAUGCAGUAUUCCUAUUUUUAUUUACUUUCAUGCAAAAAAAAGUUUUACCAGCAAGGAAGUAUCAUAUGCCUAUAUUCUGUGUGAAAUUUUUUUUUUUCAGAGAGCAGUAAAAGUGGGGCUGCUCCCUAGGAGAAGAUGAGCCAGCAGCUAAGGGGGUCCAACAGCUGGCAGGGCUCAGCCCUACACACCCAUGCCAGGGAGCAGGACAGACCCACAGACAGUGGCCAGGUCCAACCGAGAGUGCCGAUCGUAAGGCAGGAUCACGGUGAUGAGGUAGGUCUGAGGUCAAGCCAGUAACGGCUGGGCCCUGGUGAUGACAGGCGCGGGUCAGGAACACUGCCCCAGGAUGGCAGGGCAGGGCCCUGGGGAUGGGGACGUAUACUGAGUGUGGUGAAAAGCAUGGAGGAAAUACAGGGAAAGGUAUUUUAUUACUUAGGGAUUAUAUAUUUUUAUUGUUUCUUUUUUUUUUUUUACUGAAGUUUGUGAGGACUGUCUCUUUUUUACUUGCUUGUGCCUGAAGAGCAGGAUAAAUAUUUUCAGCAGGAGUAUGCCCCAUCCUGAAAAGUGUUUAAUAAUGAUAAUAAUAUAUUAUUUAUUUCCCUCUGAUCUAGACUAACUUGAGCUCAUGUACUUAUUAUUGACAAUUGAUGAUGAAAUAAAUAAUGUUUAUUUAUUUGGUAGAAGAAUGAUUUUCUUUGUUUUAGGUUGCCUAUUCAGAAAAUAUCUGCAUAUACAGUGUUUGCAGGGAUAUGUCUGCCCACGUGGUCAGGUGGGUGACCAGGGAGGUGUUUGCCUUUCCCUAGUGCAUACCCUGUGCCAGGGGAUGGGCAGCCCAGCUCUGGGUUGAACCGCACCUCUCUGCCUCCCAUCCCAACUUUGCAGGUGUAUCUGCCCUUAAACUCAAAGCCCUGUUGUAGCACAUCUAAUUUUGCUGCUGCCUUCAGUAGGUGUGACGAGUCAGACUGAUAAAGCCUAGCAACAGCAUUUCAAUCACUAUUCUUUCCAUGUAACCUGCAGAAAUGUCUUUUUGCCAUUCAUUGCUAUUGUACCCAAGGUGUAAGCUGCUAUUGCUUUAAUUUAUGGAAAAAUGUUGAGCAUAAAGGAGCACUACCUGGCCUCUCCUAGCUCCCUUUCUUGUGUGGUAAAGGGUCUGUGAGCUGGGACAGAACAAUGCAGCCAAGUGUUCACCCUGGCCUCUUCUUGUUCUCAGACAAAUAAUCCUGCAGUCCCUUGAGGGUGUCACUUGCACUUUUGUGCCUGGUGCCAACCUUAUCCCAGCUGGCACGACCAGUCCAACUGGGCGGUCCCAAGGACCCUGUAUCUCAGCAGAAUAACUAUUAGUUUACAUAAGGAUGUGUUGACUUCACCUCCACUAGGUAUUGAGAUCCAAGAAGUACGGUGGCACCCGGCUCCUGGGAUGGUGGUGCUGCUGCUGGUGGUCUUCUGUAAGGCUGAGUUCAUGGCCAAAGGGUAAAAUCUCCUGUUAGGAGACAGUAUUUUGGGUUGCUUCCCUGAAUUUGUGAUGCUUGUGAGUGGCAUUAAAAUAUGUCUUACCUGAGCAGUUUGUGGCUUUGUGUCAUCAUAAAAAAAAGUUACUCUUGAGGGCCAAGUUCUGCUAGGCUUCUUGAUGGUGGCUUUUAUUUCAGUUCAGGAGUUUUCCAAAUUACUUGAAUAUAGCUGCUAACUGGGAAGAUGGUGCUAUUCUCCAUUAAUUGCACUUUCAGAUGCUAACAUUAUAUUCUGGGGGCUAAAUUCAUAGCUACCAUGCUGUUUGGAAUAAGGUCCUUAGGCAUGUUUUAAGAAACCAACCCAUUCUGCAUACUGUUUCCAGGGAGUCUAUUUGUAAUUUUGAGUGACCCGUGCAAGAUGCCCCUCCUUAUUACUGCAUUUGAAAUAUUUUGUCCCCGCUGAAUAUAUAUUGUUAAGCAUCUAAUGGCCUGCCUAUCUGACACAUUUAGCUUAUCACUGAUGAGGAACAAAUGAGUACAGGUUGAAAUAUUAUGGUUUCAGAUAGCCUGUUACUCUCCCUUUUGCAAAGUAGCUUCCCAAGCAAAUGCUUUAGGUUGCUGUACGUUAUUUUCCUCAACAUACAAUUUUCUUUGUGCUUGCAUAAAUUAGAAACUGAUUUCAUAAUUCUCUCUAUUCAGUAUGCUGCUUUGGAUAAGAAUAGAGUAAAUGAAUUAUUAAUUACUUAAAAUAUAAGGCUAUCCUGCUGAAAAAGGUGAUUUAAGAAAAGUAGAUGAUUGCAUGUAAGGCAAACUUUUUAAACAAAGCCGCUGGGCUAGUCAGUUUAUAAGUAUCAGCUAAAUGAAGUUAGCUUUUGCAGCAUAGGCCUCAGAUCAUGAUUUUUAACACAAUCAAAACAGUGUUAGUGGCCUUUUGCCAAUUUUUGUUUAUUUCCCUAUGAAACAGCAUCACAAAAAGAUCAGAAAUAUAACUAGAACUGUAAAUACAAUUCUGCAGUGUACAUACGCUUAUUUUUUAGAUUUUGUAUAGGCUAAUAAAAGAAUUUAGACAAUUUUGGGGCAGUUUAUCUGUAAAAGUAGUGUGCUAUCCUAACAUUUUUAUGCUUUCUGGGUCAGAUGAUUAUUUUAUCAGUUUUUUAUGAAUAGUUUUGAAAAGUUACUCUGAAAAGUUACUCCAUUGCUUCUCAUUUAGUAGGAAGGAGUGUAAAAAUCAGCUGAGCUCAUAGUGUCUAAAAGUUGUUUAGAUCUGUGCAUUUCAGCAUACUCUAUUUCUUCAAACACAAGGUCAGUUUUUGAAUACAGAAAAAUGAAGAAGUUAUUCACAACUCUUAUGUCACAAGUCAUAGUUCUUAGUUUAAGUUAGGAUUUUCAAAAGUGUCCAUGAAGGAUUUGGUCACACAUCUCAUCUCCUUCAGUAUUUCUGAAGAGGUAUAACCCUUCUAGGCACUUCUGAGAAUACAAAGUAAAUUUUUGUAAUGAAACAUUUGCCUUAUGUAAAAGCUGAAUGGAACAGAAGAGAUAACUGUCUGUAAUGGAUCUGACAGGAAUGCUGCUCUUCUUGGAUGUGUGGGGGUUACUAUAUAAUGUUAAUAUACAAUGUGUGACAAUGUUUGCAUUAUUUGUAUAGAACAUGAGAACAUUGAGCUAACUAUUCAAUGUAUGAUAUUUUAGUAAAAUAUUUUGUUACCACAGUUUUGUGUGUUCACUUA